AUGAUAUUAAUAUUUAAUUAACCCUAGCAACAGUACUUUAUUAAUAUAUAAUAUAUAAAAAUACACAAAACUGAACGUAUAUUUAUACACAUGUAUAUACAUGCGUGCGCUCUUAUACACACACUACACACAUAUCUAUGUAUAUAUAUAUAUAUAAAGCAUCAUGAUGAUCAAGAGAGAGAGUGAGAGGAGCAACGUGUCUGUGUUUGGCAGGCUUAGAGAGAGAGAUUUUAAUUUUGUUUAAUUAUUAUCGAUCUACAGAGAGAAUAUGGUUGAUAAUUUAGGCAAUAAUAGAGAGAGAGAAGGGUUUCAUCACUACAAUAAUUGCUCAUCCGGGGGACCAAGUAGUACUACCAAUAUUAGUCAUCAUCAGGAUCAAAUUGAUCAUCAUGGGUUUAUCAAAGAGCAAGAUCGGUUGCUUCCAAUAGCCAACGUUGGACGAAUCAUGAAGCAGAUUUUACCCCCAAAUGCAAAAAUCUCCAAAGAAGCUAAAGAAACUAUGCAAGAAUGCGUAUCUGAGUUCAUAAGCUUUGUCACUGGAGAAGCCUCCGACAAGUGCCACAAGGAGAAGCGUAAGACGGUGAACGGAGACGACAUUUGUUGGGCGUUAGCCGCCCUCGGUUUCGACGAUUACGCCGAGCCACUCAAGAGGUAUUUGCUCAAGUUUAGAGAGCUUGAAGGGGAGAGAUCUUCAGCUCAUCAUACUAAUAAUAAUACCAUCAACAAAGGUAAUCUUGAUCAAGAUAAUCAUAAUAAUCAUAAUCAGAAUAGCGAGUUCAUGAUGAAUUCCAAUUAUAUUGGAGGAAGUAGUAGUGGGGAUCAUGAUCAUCAACGGCAUCUUCAUGUUUCUUCACAUAAUAAUAAUAAUAACAAUGCUUCACUCGAGUUUAAUGUGCUUGAAAGGAGCAAUAAUAAUAAUUCCUUUUCAAGGCAGUUUUGAGUAUGGUAAUAAUUAAUUAUAAGAUCAGUUCUCCAAUCUCAUAUAUGUGUUGUAUUAUUUUGAUUAUAUGGUUUCGUUGGGAUAUUCAAAUUAGGUUUUUUUUAAUAAGAUUUGUAUUUUGAGAUUACAUCUUGUUUUGACUGUUAAUUAGUAACUUAUAAUUAAUUGAUUUGGAGCUGAAUCUGAUCAUAAUUA